AUGGGAGGGAAUCACACCACGGUCACCUGGUUCCUCCUCCUGGGGCUGACAGACAGAAAGGAGCUGAAAGGAGUCCUCUUUGUAAUCUUCUUGCUGGUCUACUCAGUGACUGUACUGGGUAACCUGGGCAUGGUCAUCCUGAUCCGCACCAACCCUCAGCUCCACACACCCAUGUACUUCUUCCUGAGCAUCCUCUCUUUUCUUGACUUCUCCUACUCUACUACAAACACCCCUAGGCUGCUGGUCAGCUUCCUCACCAGUGACAGGUCCAUCUCCUUUGCUGCCUGUGCGGCUCAGAUGGCAAUGAUGACUCUCCAUGGGACAGCAGAAUGUCUGCUCCUCGCCAUCAUGGCCUAUGACCGGUUUGCGGCCAUCUGCCGCCCUCUACUCUACCAUGCCAUCAUGUCCCAACGCUUACGCGUGGAGCUGGCGGCAGUGACCUAUGCUGCAGGCGCAGUCAAUGCAGUGGCACAGACAGAGAAUGUCUUCAGGCUGCCCUACUGUGGCCCCAACGUCAUAGACCACUAUUUCUGUGAUGUCCCUCCAGUGCUCCAUCUUGCGGUCUCCUACGCCUACAUCCUGGUCACCAUCUGCAGGAUGCACUCCCUGGAGGCCCAACAGAAGGCUUUCUCCACCUGUGCCUCCCACCUCACUGCCAUCUCCCUCUUCUACGGCACCCUCAUCUUCAUAUACGCUCAGCCAAGCUCCAGUAAGUCCUCAGACCAGAACAAGGUUGUGUCUGUGUUCUACACCACUGUGAUUCCCAUGCUCAACCCUCUGAUCUACAGCCUGAGAAAUAAGGAGGUGAAGACAGCCUUGAGGAAGAAGCUCCAGGGAAAGACUCAAGGGAAAAGCUAG